ACCCUUCUCCGUUCUUUCCUCCUCCAAUACGCGCGCCUUUUAAUACCCCUCCAAUUCCACCUGUACCACGCCGCCAUUCCUACCCCGAUACUCGUAGAUCCUGUCUCACUCUCUGUCUCUCUCUCCCUUGGCAUAUAGCACUCUCACGCCGCAUCUAAAUAGCUUCAAUUCCCCGUGUGCACCUACCACUCUUACUCCACCUUGCCCGCACCCCUCUUAUCCAUUGAGUCUCUGACAAACCUGCUCUCCAGCACCCGACGAGUAUACAGCCCCCCUCUAGUGGUCAUUAUCCACGCUUCUUUUCCUCUCCUGAACUCUUCCGAGUUCCUUCACCGACACAACAGCAAACAUGCAUAUCAAGUCCAUGCUCGAGGAGACCCGGAGGACGGGCGAGCCCUCCUUCUCCUUCGAAUACUUCCCGCCCAAGACGGCUCAGGGAGUCCAGAACCUCUACGAACGUAUGGAGCGCAUGUACCACUUCGGCCCCAAGUUCAUCGACAUCACAUGGGGUGCUGGCGGUCGUAUCGCCGAGCUGACCUGCGAGAUGGUCCUCCAGGCCCAGUCCAUCUACGGCCUCGAGACAUGCAUGCACCUGACUUGCACAGAUAUGGGCUUGGACAAGGUCAAUGACGCCCUCCGCAAGGCCUACAAGGCCGGCUGCACAAACAUCCUGGCCCUGCGCGGCGACCCUCCGAGAGAACACGAGAAGUGGGAGGCCACCGAAGAUGGCUUCCGCUACGCCAAAGACCUGGUCAAGCACAUCCGCGCCACCUACCACGACCACUUCGACAUCGGCGUCGCCGGUUACCCUGAGGGCUGCGACGACAACAAGGACGAGGAGCAGCUGCUGGACCACUUGAAGGAGAAGGUCGACAUGGGUGCCAGCUUCAUCGUCACGCAAAUGUUCUAUGACGCCGACAACUUCGUCCGCUGGGUCGGCAAGGUGCGCGAGCGUGGCAUCACCGUCCCCAUUAUCCCCGGUAUCAUGCCCAUUGCUACCUACUCCAGCUUCCUCCGCCGUGCCAAGCACAUGAACUGCAAGAUACCCGACGCCUGGAUGGCUGCCCUCGAGCCCAUCAAGAAUGACGACGUUGCAGUCAGGGAGGUCGGAAAGGGCCUUGUUGCCGACAUGUGCCGCAAGAUUGUUGCCGCCGGCAUUCACCACUUACAUUUCUACACCAUGAACCUGGCCCAGGCCACGAGGAUGGUUCUCGAAGAGCUAAACUGGAUGCCCACGAGCGACCGCCCCGUGAAGCACGCCCUGCCCUGGAAGCAGUCCCUUGCUCACGGCCGCAGGGAGGAGGAUGUUCGCCCCAUCUUCUGGAAGGGUCGCAACAAGUCCUAUGUGCUCCGUACUCAGGACUGGGACGAGUUCCCCAACGGCCGUUGGGGUGACUCUCGGUCUCCCGCCUUCGGCGAGCUGGAUGCUUACGGCAUUGGCCUGACGGGCACCAACGAGCAGAACCGGAAGAAGUGGGGUGAGCCCAAGUCUAUCAGCGACAUCGCCACCAUCUUCGUACGCUACCUCGAGACGGAGCUCGACUCGCUCCCCUGGAGUGAGGCGCCCCUGACCAGCGAAGCCGACCCCAUUCGGGAGGAGCUCAUCGGCUUGAACAAGCGCGGCCUGCUCACCAUCAACUCUCAGCCUGCCGUUGACGGCGUGAAAUCGAACCAUCCCGUGCACGGCUGGGGUCCCGCCAACGGUUACGUCUACCAAAAGGCCUACCUCGAGCUCCUAGUUCAUCCUGACGUGUACGCCGAGAUUGUCUCCCGCAUCGAGAAGAACCCCGACAUGACGUACUAUGCCACCACCAAGAACGGCACCCUGAAGUACAACGCAACAAAUGAUAGCCCCAACGCCGUCACUUGGGGUGUUUUCCCAGGCAAGGAGAUUGUGCAGCCAACCAUCGUCGAAGGCAUCAGCUUCAUGGCCUGGAAGGACGAGGCCUUCCGCCUCGGUAUUGACUGGGCACAUUGCUUUGAUGCCGGAACUCCCAGUAGAGUGCUGAUUGAGCGUAUUAUGAACGAGUGGUACCUCAUCAACAUUGUCAACAACGAUUUCCACCAAAAGACGGCCCUCUUCGACUUGCUCGAGGGGCUCGAAGUAAAGGAAUAUACCGACAUUCCCCUCGAGUCCCAAACCAACGGAGCGGGUAAGGAGCAGGUGCAGGCGGCAGUGGCCAACGGCAACUCUGCCCCCAUCUCCGCCAACUAACGAUUCUUUCUGACUUGUGUUUAACACAACCCCCCUUUACUAUUUUUCAAGUAUGCUUUUCUAAGUAUGCAUCAUGGCCGGCGUUUUCAACAGGACAAACGGAUGGACGGGGGUCAUUAUGUGUUUUUUCAACAAAAAGACACUGUUACACAACACGGGUUCAUCCACAGCAUCACACAAGUGGUAAAUGUGACGUCGGAUGAACCAAACAUUACCUACACAUUAAAAAGGCGAAGAGGAAAAGGAUGGGCAAGCAAAGGAGCAACUGCAUCUAUCUCAACGAUACCCCACAAACGGACUAUAAACUUUUUUCUCCAACGAAAAAAAAAAGAAAAAAAAAGUCCAGGAAACCCACAUAUUGCAAAUAAACAGCAGAGGAGUUCAACACGGGUCUUUAAUUUUCGUGUUUUUCCAUAGAUGGGUUGCUCUUUUUUUCACGUUUAGGAUUUUCUGCGUUUUGACAGCGACACUUUUUUUUUUUUUUU